ACAAAUGAAGAAACAAAUUAUGGAUCAGUCAUGCCAGAUUCAUUAAGCAUGGAUUCUUUCCAAGAUUAUUGUGGAGCAUUGCCAGAGACUGCAAUUGCGUGGAAUCCUUCCAAUGAUUCUUCUGACAAAGAUCUGGGUGAUUUAAACACUGAAGACAUGCUAGAUUCAUCAAUCAUGGAUUUUGUUUGUGAUGAUGAUUCUGCUGAUGAAUCUGCUGAUGAAACUGAGUUUCUUCAAGUCUUCCCAGAUUCAUAUGGGCUACAAGACGACUCUGAUGAAGAAUCCAGUGAGCCAGAAGUUGUGCUACUCAGUCAAGACCCACUGCUGCAGCUGGUGUCCCUGCAGAAGGCAUCUGGCUGCUGGAAGCUUAAUGCAAAUCUGGCUACUGUGCUGGGAAAGACCAAAGAGGAGGUGGAAAAGGCAAAACCACAGUCGGUCUGCGAUGAAGUGUGGGCCUCCAUUCUGGCUCUGAUUUGGCUUCAUGGUUUUAAAAUGGAUGCUAAAGAGGAGUGGGAGCUUCUGUCUAUGAAGGCUGCAUCAUGGAUUAAAGCUCAGAACGCUCCAUCUGUGUCAGAGUGUGCUGAAGCUGGAAAUACAUUGUUGGGUUGCAGUGUGAAGAAAGAAGCUCUGGGGCUCUGAGGUUUUCCAUAUGAAAGUUGAUGAUGAUCUAAAAGCAGAUUUAGUCUGUUUCUACAAGCUUAUGACUUCACUUUGUUUUUGCAACAACAUUGUUUGCAUGAAAAGGAAACCAGGAGUAACACAUAAAUACAUUUUAAAUACAACUUCUUGUGCAUAUGCAUUUUAACCAGUUUUAAUGAAACAAUGUUCAUGUAAUAAAUAAGAAAAAUGAAAAAGAGA